UCUUAUCAGGAGCAUCGCUGCAUCUCCCAUCCUCGUCCUUCGUCCUCACAUCCUUACAAGCGCCUCCGCCCUUCCUUGCUUGCUUCUUGUCUUAUUAUCCCCUGUGCCAUCGGCUUUCUCUUCGCUCUCCGGCUUUUCCCAUCCGUUCGGCUGCAAAAAAGCUACGUGGUUAGCACCGCCUACGCAUAUCAUACCACACUUUUGACGGUCCUUUGAGCCGUUCUCUGUCUCUUGAAAAGACAUCCUUUAUCCUCAAUCGGCUCCUUGAGACGUUGGCGCCGACGCCGAUACUAUCGACGAUUCAGAUACCAUGGCGGACCGUGAACGUACGAGCACUACAUCGUCGGUAACGUCGUCUAGCACUCGAGUAGCUACGUCUACCCUGUCUUCCAGUGCAAGGACGACAAGCACGACUUCUUCUGCCACUCAGAAUCGAGCCACUCCCGUCACUAGCAGCCGUACAUCUUCCUCCUCUUCAUCCUCUAGCAGCUCUGCAAGGACAUCUAGCCGCAUCAUCACGUCUACUAGUUCUUCUACGACAAGCUCAAGGUCUGCGACAAGCACCACUUCUUCCAGGUUGACCCGAACCAGGAACACAUCGACGCAUUCGUCCACUCAUUCAUCGACUCUUACUUCAUCAUCUGCAACUUCAAGCAUUGUACCCAGCACCACUGCUAGCUCGACCAGCUCUAGCGCUACAGCAAGUUCGACCGUCGCUGCUGCUAAUGCCAAUGGCAAUCAAAGCAGCUCCAGCUUGAGCGGUGGUGCCAUCGCUGGUAUCGUCAUUGGCAGUAUUGCGGGCAUCGUCUUGAUUGCUUUAUUGAUCACUGCGGGUAUCAGGAGGAAGUCUCGAGCUGAGCGAGCAAAGAGGAGGAGUUCUGUAUUCGAUUGGGGUACCUCUGCCGGUAUGGAGAACACCGAGGCUUACGAAAAGCCACGCUACGACCCUCCUUCUGAAUCGUUCGCCAUGGCCGAAGCAAACAACGGCCCCCAGCACGUUUCAUACGCGACCAAUGACUUUGCCGUUGCGCCCCCUGCUGCGGAAAGGACAGAGCCCUUGUCUUACGCGGAGCGACAUAACCCGCAAUACUCUUACCGUAACAGUUUCCAACCCGUAUCGUUGGUCCCUGGUCUUCCUCCAGCCCAACCUCCUGCUCAAGCGCGGGGCUCGUUCCCAGCUCAGCCUCAGCAGCAGCAGCAGAAUAUGGCGGGCGUUGGCGGUGCUUCAGGUGCAGCUGGUGUAGGAGCUGCGACCGGAGCAGUGGCGGGGUCAGGAGCUGCCGCCGCCGCUGCUGGUCCUCGAGGCGUCACCGCUGGCACUUGGGUCAGCGUCAAGGUUGGCUUUGUCCGUUCUCUUGAGGACGAACUUGCUGUCACGCCCGGGCAAAAGCUCUAUCUUCACGAGGUUUACGACGAUGGUUGGUCACUCUGCGAGGACGAGGAGCACAAGAAGGGUGUCGUGCCCGUCAACUGUCUCCAGUCUCUGCUUUAAGCAAGGAAAAAUUGCAAGUAAGCGGUCCGUCAUUAAUCGUCAGGAGGGAAAAGGAUGUGUGGUUGUGAGCGAGAUGCGUACCACAAGAAUCCAUUCGCAAAGCACUUGUAUUUAGGGAAAAUUCAAAAUUCAAGAUCAAUCUUGUCUUUCUCUUGUCGAACGAACGGACCUGUCACAUCAGUUUUCAUUAGCUAUUUUUACUUUUACUCUUUUCCCUUUCUUUUUAUAUUUAAACUGCAAAUUAAACUGCAAAUACCAAUAUUAUGUUUGAACGAAUGGACAAUACAAGCGAAAUUUUCGUCAUCUCUCUCUCGCGUAGUACAAGUCGGUAAUAGUGUUACCCUUAGGUAUAAGUAGUGUCUUAUUAUUCUUGAUUAUUCUUGAUGUAUCGCUAUAUUUUUCGGA